UGAAUUUUGUAGAAAGGGGUUGCAUUCGUUUCGCUCUUAUAUUUAAUAAACGAUUUCGCAGUGAAUGUUUUAUCAAAGAAAAUUGUAAAUUUAUUAGCACUUUGCUUAGAAAAAUGCAAGGUUUUUUAGGUAUCUUGAUAUUAAUCACUGGAGUUCACUGUUUGUACAACACCCACUCAAAUGUUGUAAACCUUGAGCCAAAUAAUUUUGACAAUUUGGUGUUGAAUAGUGAUAAUGUUUGGAUCGUUGAAUUUUAUGCACCAUGGUGUGGGCAUUGCCGGCAGUUAACACCCGAGUAUGACAAGGCUGCAACUGCAUUAAAGGGCAUUGUAAAAGUUGGUGCAAUAAAUGCAGAUGAACAUGCAUCACUUGGUUCAAUGUAUGGAGUUAAAGGUGGCAAAAGAAACAAUGGAGAUUCUAAGUCUAAAGAUUCCAAGGAUGUGAUUGAAUUGACAGAUGAAAAUUUUGAGAAAGUUGUAAUGGAUUCGGAAGAUAUGUGGCUGAUUGAAUUUUAUGCACCUUGGUGUGGUCACUGUAAAAACUUGGCUCCCAUCUGGGCAUCCGCUGCCACAGAACUUCAGGGAAAAGUAAAGUUGGGGGCUCUUGAUGCCACUGUACAUAGAGUGAAAGCUAGUCAAUAUGAAAUAAAAGGAUAUCCUACAAUCAAAUACUUUGCACCUGGGAAAAAAUCUUUUGAUUCUGUGCAAGAAUAUGAUGGCGGUCGUACAAGCAGCGAUAUCGUGAAUUGGGCGCUGGACAAAUUGGCAGAAAAUGUUCCAGCCCCAGAAGUAAUUCAAAUUGUAAAUGAGAAGAGUUUCAAAGAUGCUUGUGAUGACAAACUAUUAUGUGUUGUGUCAGUUUUACCACAUAUCUUAGAUUGUCAAUCGGAAUGUAGAAAUCAAUAUUUGAAAACACUGAAUGAGCUUGGAGAGAAAUACAAGCAAAAAAUGUGGGGGUGGGUUUGGUCGGAAGCUGGUGCUCAGCCUCACAUAGAAGAAGCGUUAGAAAUAGGAGGUUUCGGCUAUCCGGCAUUAGCGGUUGUGAAUACAAAGAAAAUGAAAUAUUCGUUACUCAAGGGAAGUUUCACUUACGACGGCAUAAAUGAAUUUUUACGAGAUUUAAGUUACGGACGAGGAGGUACAGCUCCAUUAAAAGGAGCUCAGUUACCUGCUUUUCUAGAAACGGCACCAUGGGAUGGCAAAGAUGCCGAACUUCCUCAGGAAGAAGAUAUCGAUCUUAGCGAUAUAGAUCUUGAUGAGAAGGAUGAACUGUAAUUGCAGUGUUCAACCUUUCUCAGAAAAGUAUGCAAAUCAUAUACAUGUAUCAUUAAAAUUAAUUCGUUAGU